ACUUCAACCCCCUAAUUGCAGAAAUCGUCUAUUCUUAAAAAAUUUCUCCUGAACAAAAUCAUUAAUUAUUGUCAUCGCUCGCACCGCUAGCAAUGCUCUUCGCUUAACUUACGACUUUCGCCGUGUCCAACUGAUUUACUUUCACUGCUCUGUAACAUGUUAUUCCGAUUGAUUAAUAGCGGGGACGCCGUCUUUAUAUGCGCGGGAACAGAUUGUGCCUUUCCGGGAGAGCAGCCGAAUUGUUUCUUCAGACACACACCUAACAGCUGUUGUGGAGGAACACAAGUUUGUUUAAAGGAAGGCGAGGAGAGGGCUACUUGCGAAGUAGACGGCAAGAUAUACAAAGACGGUGAAUACUUUGAACCAAAAUCCGAUCCGGAGCUGGAUUGUUAUUGCAUGCCAGGUUACAAAGGUGAAAAUGUUGAACCUUUCUGCAAGAGGCCAAAACACAGAUACUGCAGUCCAUUGUUCCGAAAUCCUGGCUCGGUGCUCAAACAAUGCGCGCCCGUCUUUUACGAUGGCCAGAAUUCGCGAACCGAUUGCAGUUAUGCCACUAGAUGUCCAAACGCGAACGACACUAUUAUACACAAACACGACAACACUAAAGCCAUCGAGACAGAUGAAGGUAAAAUGUGUCGAUUCGGUGACUUGUUGAUGCACAUUGGUGACGAAUUGAAGGAGGGAACAGACCCCCAAUCCUCUUGCAUGAAAUGCGUCUGUGAACUUCCACCGCACCCGACAUGCCAGAAACGGACAGACAGGGAAUGUGGUUUUCUAUGGAACCUAUCCGACGAUAUGGUUACCGUCGAACCUACAGAUUCGAUCACGCCAAUUGCAUAAUUAUUCACUUUUCAAUAAGAGCCUUGUGUAUCUUCGAAAGAUGAAUAACGUUUGGCAAAUAUGAUAUAUGUUUACAGAUAAUACGUGUGACAUACACUACUGUCUAUAAGUAUUUGGACACGGAGUAUUAUCAAACUUUCAAUGUUAAUAUUUUUCAAAAAACAAGGAAGUAUUGUGUUUGGUAAACAUUGUACCUUUUUAUUAAAUGUUGCUGAUGGUACUUUUAUCGAUAUUAUUUGUUAAUUACUUUUGUUGUUCUGCAACAAUUGUGUAUAUUCAAUUUUGAUAAAACGGAUUGAUGAAACUUUAUGAAGGCAGGCAUACUCGUAGAAUAUUCAUGGAUUUUCAACAUCAUAUAUAUUAGAGUCUGGAUACUUAUGGACGGUAAUUUAUGUAUAUUAGUGUUUAGUCAUCAAAUUGGUUAAUGUCGUAGACGAGAAUAAAAAUUUUACUAUGAUGUUUCA